UCAAAACGCUUCUUCAUCUUCUUUCAAAAUUUCUAGGGUUUUUCUCUCUCUCGUUACUAUUUGUUCUCUCUCUAAACGAAGUCCCUAAAUUUUCCACUUCUCCAAGAAAUCUCAGCUUCUGCGUUUAACAAGACCAUGCAAAAAUUACAGCUUCUGAAAUGAUUGAACAGUUGGUUUGGUAACGCUGCUUUUUCAAAAUGGGGGAACAAGCGUUUUUUGAUAGAAUGAUGGGUCAUCUCCGUUCAACUUGCAAGUAUUAUACUGGUUAUCCAAAAGAUCUUGGGCCAUCACGGGUUAUUCAUUUCACAUCUGAGCGUGAAUUUGUCCAGCUCCUUCAUCAAGGUCGCCCAGUCGUUGUUGCAUUCACUAUCAGGGGAAACUACACAAUGCAUCUUGAUCGAGUGCUGGAGGAAGCUGCUGCUGAGUUCUAUCCGAAUGUUAAAUUUAUGCGCGUUGAGUGCCCUAAAUAUCCAGGGUUUUGCAUAACACGGCAGAAAAAGGAAUAUCCAUUCAUUGAAAUAUUCCAUAGUCCAGAACAAGCAGCCGACCAAGGGAGGGUUGCUGAUAAAAGUAUUACAAGAUAUUCUGUAAAAGUUCUACCUUUCAACUAUGAUCUCAGCGCUUAUGGAUUUAGAGAAUUCUUCAAGCGCCAUGGGAUACAGACGUGAGAUCCAAAGUAAAGACUCGUGGAUACAGCACUUCCUCCUAAAUAGCCCUCUUUCUCCCCCGGUUCCUGAUGCUUAAACACUGCUUGGUACAUGCACAAAGUUUUGCAUAAACACUUUUUAGAAUAAUGGAUAUUUGGGUUUUGCAACUUGUAAUUGAGUAUUUGAUUUAAAGCUGGGUGUAUAGAUGAGUUAUUCAAAAAGUCAUUUUAGUAGGAUUCUGUACUAGGAGUAUAAAUAUUCAAAUAUAUUUAUUGAGACCAGUUGAAGACGGUAGAGUUUCCAACUACACAAAUACUAUUGAUGAAGAGUUAUCACA